AUGUUGGCGGUGACGCUCACGGCAGCGCUGGUCUAUCUCACGGCGCAAAACAGCGGCGCCAUGACCCUGGGAACGGCGUGCUGGGACGAGAGACGGACAAGGGUGGGCAGGAACGGCAGCUGUGCAGCUUUGCAGCCCUUCCUGAUCUUUGGCCAUGGUAAAGCCAUACACAGGAUGGACCUGGAUGGGAAGAACCACAGACGGCUGGUAUCUGGGGUGGCGUCAUCCAUGCUGCUAGAUUUCCAUUUUAGAGACGAAAGAAUUUACUGGGUGGACAAGCAUGCGGGAAUCAUCUACAAAUCGUCUGUGAGAGGCGCACACAAACAGAAACUGUACUCAUCUGACAAACACAUCUCGGGCCUCACUGUAGACUGGAUUUGGAACACCGUAUACUGGACGAGCAGGGAAAAGGGUAGAAUCAAGAGGAUGGAUACAAACGGGAAAAAUGAAAAGACUCUUGUUAGGCACUUGAAUCAGCCGAGUUCGAUUGUGAUCGACCCUACUAAAAGGUUUUUGUUUUGGCUAUCUGGUGGAAUGACCCCAAGCGUCCAGCGUUCGGAUGUGACAGGACACACACAAAUGACACUGAUUAAAACCUCACAACAGUUGAAGGCACUUUCUAUUGACCACGGAGACAAAAGACUAUUCUGGGUCCAGUUUGGUCUGCAAGGGGAAAGCGCCAUCGCCUCUUCGGACUAUAACGGAAAAGCCCUGCACAUCAUAGAUCAGCCCCUUCAGUCUGAUUUGCUGGGACUAGCGGUUUUCCUCGAGUACGUAUAUUAUACUGACGGCACAUCGCAAGCAAUAAAACAUGUCAACAAGUACACCGGUGGAGACGCUGUGGAUGUCAGUAUAAAGCAAAUGUCAAAAGUCCCGGUGGAUAUAAAAGUGGUUCAUCCUGACAUGCAGCCAAUGGCGGACUCACCACCCCUAGUUCCAGGAUGUGAUGAACAGAGCGGAAACUGUAUCAAUGUGUGCUCAAAACCAGCUGAGCAGGGAGUUUGUAAAUGCAACAAGGGCUUUGCUCUCAGUAAGCAAGGCUCCUAUUGUGAAGAUGUGAAUGAAUGCGCCCACUGGAAUCACGGAUGCUCGCUUGGCUGUGAAAACAUUCCAGGAUCUUAUUUCUGCACCUGCCCCAAAGGAUAUGCCCUUCUGUCGGACAAAAAAACAUGCAAAGAAAUCAUAGCCUGUGAAGGUAACGCCACCGAGUGUGGUCACGGUUGUCUGGCAACAGAGGAGGGUCCCGCAUGUGUUUGUCCAAAGGGCUCCGUUUUAAAGGAGGAUGGACAGGCCUGUACAGGCUGUGCCUCUGUAGACAGAGGGGGUUGCAGUCAGCUGUGCAUCCCGGUAUCCCCCACUAGGUGGCAAUGUGAUUGCCUGCCUGGUUAUCAUCUUCACCAUGACGGCAAGCGGUGCAUUGCCUCAGGACCACCACCAUAUCUGCUUGUUGCCAGUCUAGUGGGUGUACAGAGAAUCGAUAUUAAUGGCACUGAGGGUCAAACCCUCGUGGAAGAGCCCAGAGGAACUAUUGUAUCUUUGGACUAUGAUCCAAUGUUCAAUCAUGUUUACUUUGCAAGUACAUCCAAGAAAGCCAUCGAACGGGUCCAUGUGAAUGGUGGGUUCAGACAACUUCUCAUCAACAACGGUCCGGAUUCGAACAGCGCACUGACUGUCGAUUGGAUCCAUCGCAAGAUGUAUUGGACUGUUACGAGCCAGUCAACAGUGGUCAGCAGCACCUUGGAUGGAUUUAAUAUGACAACUGUAGCGAGCAGCGGACUUGACAAACCAACAUCCAUUGCAGUUCAUCCUCUGGAAAAGAAGUUGUUCUGGGCGGAUAUUGGAAGUCAACCUAAGGUGGAAAGCUGCUCUUUAGACGGAAAGGACCGAACAGUGAUCGCAAAUACCAACCUUGUGGCACCCGGUGGUUUGACGGUGGACUUCGCUGAUGGUCGCCUGUUCUGGUGUGACGAAACCAGGGUGGAGACCUGCUCUCUGGACGGUUCCGACAGAUGGGUCCUGCUAGAGAACCAUGUAGGACGGCCAUUUGACCUGGCUGUGUUUGAGGACAGGUUGUGGUUGGUGGACAGAGAUCACCGGCAGCUGAUGAGUGUGCACAAGCGGACUGGAAGGGAACUGCAAUACAUCCGUAGUGACUUGGUCCUCCCUGCUGCAGUUGUGGUGGUGCAUCCACUUGCUAAACCAGGGUUAAUGCUAUACAACAAGACAGUAAGUGUGACAACACUUCCAAACAAAAUAUUCAAUAAUGAAAACACACCGGCACCGCCCUCUAACAGAACAGAUGUGGACUCGGACAUUGAGGCAAGGAUGUUCACAGACAAGAUGGUAUCAGACCAGCAUGAGUGUUAUUCGGCUGGAUCAUGCGGUCCAAAUGCCAAGUGUCGCGUGAUUGCCGGCCAUCCAGUCUGUUCUUGUCUGGAGGGUUUUACUGGUGAUGGACAUUCGUGUGUGGAAAUGCGUAUCAUGCCACCGUUGGUGACAACCAGCCGCCCUGGAAACUCUGUGGAGAGUUGCCCCUCCACACAUGAGUCUUACUGCUUAUACCAGGGCGCCUGCUUCUACUUGCCUGAGGUGGAGUCCUACGCCUGCAAUUGCAUAGCUGGCUACAUGGGCGAGCGCUGUCAGUUCAGCGACUUGGAGUGGUGGGAACUUCAGCAGGCCGAGGUGGAGAAGCGGAGGAACUUAGUAGUGGCCACCUGCAUGGUACUAUUGGUCUGCCUGCUCUCUGUCAGCGCCUGUGUCGUCUACUGCUACAGAUCUAGAAGACUGUUGCCCAAGCAAACCUCGGCGGAUAAUGUGAGCGAGAUCAGUGUGGAAGCUGAGGGCGUGUUGGAGAAUGCAAAAGACGGUGCACCUCAGGUUUACACGGAAGUUGACAGCAAUCCCAAAGGAAGUGCCUUCCAGCCAACUCGCUGUCCGAGGAGAGCUGUAUGCCCAUCGUGCUCAUCAGAGACAGGGGACAACCAAUCUGAAGAGACGGGCGCAUGGUCCAAACACAACAAGGCGUAUGAGUGCUCCAUGAUGUCUACUGUUGCUAUGGAGUCCAAUCAGAAACCCCACCAAAACACGAGUCAGUCACUGGACACCAUCACUCCAACGGAACUCCCCUGUUUAGAGUCAACUGCCUCCUUCAGAGUUUGA